AGCGUAGCCGCGGGAACCGGCCUCUGGUCGUGGCAGCCUGCUGUCCCCUUCCCUCCGGCAAUGGGGAAUGGACUCUCGGACCAGACGCCGAUCCUCUCCAGCCUGCCGUCCUUCCAGAGCUUCCACAUUGUCAUCUUGGGGCUGGACUGCGCCGGCAAGACCACCGUGCUGUACAGACUGCAGUUCAAUGAGUUCGUCAACACCGUCCCCACGAAAGGAUUUAAUACGGAGAAAAUCAAAGUGACGUUGGGCAACUCGAAAACGGUCACUUUCCACUUCUGGGAUGUGGGCGGCCAGGAGAAGCUGAGGCCGCUGUGGAAGUCGUACACGAGGUGCACCGAUGGCAUUGUGUUUGUGGUGGACUCCGUCGACGUCGAGAGAAUGGAGGAGGCCAAAACAGAACUUCAUAAGAUUACUAGGAUAUCUGAAAAUCAAGGAGUGCCUGUCCUUAUCAUCGCUAACAAGCAGGACUUGAGGAACUCUCUCUCCCUUUCUGAAAUCGAGAAGAUGUUGGCAAUGAGCGAGCUGAGUUCUUCGACUCCCUGGCAUUUGCAGCCUACCUGUGCAAUCAUUGGAGACGGACUCAAAGAGGGACUGGAGAAACUACAUGAUAUGAUAAUUAAGCGAAGGAAAAUGUUGAGGCAGCAGAAAAAGAAGAGAUGAGUUCUAUCUUGACCUUUCUCUUUUAGAGUAGUUAACAUGGUCAAAAUUUGACACGAGACAGCUUCCAAACCCAGGCCUGCUUGUUUGGAUGCUGUUAA